CCACUGUUGGGUGUUGAACGUUCGCGAGGUGUCUUUCUCCUCCUCCAAACCUGUGAUGAAGCCGUGUUCCAAUGAAAGCAGGUGGAAUUCCCCCUUUCAGCCAAUGGCGCUCUGCCCUCGCAACAAUCCUUUCGAAAAAGGAUGUGUGGGCUAGGUUAUGGCGCUGGCGUGAAGUUGUUGGAAACGGACAAGCCCAGGAAGCAGGAUUCUGGCACUGCCACACCAGCUAAAGCUUAGGGCUGCCCUCUUGAAUGGGAAAGAGUGGGCAGAUCGUUCACAUUUGAUCAAACGCAACACCUAGUGGAAUUCACUUCGGCGACGUCGGGUUGAAAAUAGUGAUUUCUACAAAAGUUGCUCUGUCAAAAGCAAGCACGCCUGGGAAACCAAGAGUUACCUCGGGCUAAAACAAGACAUGGACCGCAAGAGUUAGACUGAGUUCUGGCUCCCCCCGAGCUGUUUGUGUUUUUUAACCGAGGAGAAAGACCUAAAACAGACACCAUGCCUGCAAAAACAAAGUACAAUUUAGUCGAUGAUGGACACGAUUUACGGAUUCCUUUACAUAACGAGGAAGCCUUCCAGCAUGGCAUUAAUUUUGAAGCAAAGUAUAUUGGUAGUCUGGAUGUGGCUCGACCGAAUAGCCGUGUGGAGAUUGUUGCGGCCAUGAGGCGAAUAAGGUAUGAAUUUAAGGUGAAGAAUAUCAAAAAGAAGAAAGUCAACAUCAUUGUGUCUGUGGAUGGAGUAAAAGUAGCCCUGCGGAAAAAGAAAAAGAAAAAAGAAUGGACCUGGGAUGAAAGCAAGAUGAUGGUGAUGCAAGACCCAAUAUACAGGAUAUUCUAUGUAUCGCAUGACUCCCAAGAUUUGAAGAUCUUCAGUUACAUAGCGAGAGAUGGCCAGAGCAAUGUGUUUCGGUGCAACGUCUUCAAAUCGAAGAAAAAGAGCCAAGCCAUGCGGAUAGUGCGGACGGUGGGUCAAGCCUUUGAGGUCUGUCAUAAACUUAGCCUUCAGCACACACAGCAAAACGCAGACGGCCAAGAAGACGGCGAUGCUGACAAGACAUGCACAGACUCUGGAGUAGCAGGGCGGGAGCUCACGGGGGCCGAAAAGCCUGCUGCAGAUGAGACUGACAUUGAUGCAGAGGAGCUUCCCCUCCCCGACAGCACAAUGGACGAGUUCAGCCGCGGAGUCACUGACCUGGAUGCGGCCAAGAAAGACGAAGACGUCAGCAAGGACAAAAAGCCCUCGGAGGAGCCCGUGAUCCUGCUGGCAUCCCCUAAAUUGCUACUACCGUCAGGCAGUGAUCUCCCGUCCAGCACACCGCUGUCUGUGCACCACCAGCUCCAGCUUCUCCAGCAGCAGCUCACCCAGCAGCAGCAGCAGACACAGGUGGCCGUGGCCCAGGUUCAUCUGCUGAAGGAUCAACUCUCUGCUGAAGCGGCAGCGAGGAUUGAAGCCCAGGCUCGAGUUCACCAGCUGCUGUUGCAGAAUAAAGAUCUCCUCCAGCACAUUUCCCUGCUGGUCAAACAGAUCCAGGAGCUGGAGCUCAAGCUGGCUGGACAAGGCUCUAUGGGCUCUCAGGACAGUCUCCUGGAGAUCACCUUUCGUGCCAACGUGCCCCCAGUCUUAUGUGACCCCAGCACCCCUCGACCAGAGGACUCCAUCCUGCCUCCGCUGAACGAUGGGACACAGCUCUCCCUGCCGCUCUGCAGUCCUAUAGGUAGGGACCAGGGUUUGAUCAAAUUUGAGUGUUUUCGCUUUCUGCCUGGACCGCCACACCAACAGGAGGAGGACAGUCCCGACACGCCGUCUCAGGACGUCUCGUCCUCCUCCCGAGACGAGCUUCUAGGCAGUCUGGAGCUGCUCCGGUUCCGUGAGUCUGGCAUUGCAUCCGAAUACGAGUCCAACACAGAUGAGAGCGAUGAAAGUUGGGGCCUGCAGGAUGAGAGCAGCCUGCGCCUGCUCAAUGUGCUCAACAAACACAUCCCGUCUGACUGCCUGGAUGACGAAAUUGCUGUUUAAUGUGAUUUUGUGCUCACGGCUUGGAAAAACUCUGCUCGACGCUCUGCUUAAAUGGUUUGAGUCAGUCAGUGUUAAUAUUGUCUGUUUGUGCUGCUCAUUCUGGGAGACUGAGGUGACUUUACUACCUUGGUGGUAGUUUUGUUUGUUAUGUUUUAAGUCAUAUGUUGAAGACCAGAAGGUCUAAAAGUGUAGCCAAUGCUGUUGGAAACACUUUACUUUAGGAAGGCACAUCAGAGUUUUUCUUAUGGGACGUUCACACAUUCAGCGAUUUGUUAUGAUGAAGGUUGCCAGGUCAAAGUGUUGUUGGUUAUAAUGGGGUCCCUAUUUCCAAAGUCUAUUUCCAAAGGCAAAUCAUUUCACUUCACGGCCAUAUUUGAAAUGCCUCUCAGGCGUUCGAGUGCAGCUCCUACCUGUUUAAAUGGGAAACUUCACAUUCUUCAAAACUGUUUGACAAGUUUAUGAUUAAGUUAAUUAUUUGCUGUCAUCAAUGAAAUUUAAAAACAGCUGUCUCAUUUCAGAAAUAAGCAUUUUAUCAGGUAGCCCAAGCUAAUGUGCAUGUGUACCCGAAGGAAAUGAGAUCGCAACACCAAGCUACUUUAUGGCUGUUUCUGGAGCAUGCGAUUUGACGUCAUUUCAUCAAUCUAUCAAUAACUUGCAUGUUACACUUACGUGUUACCUCUGAAGAGUUAUCAGUCUAUAUCGAUCGUUGAUUGGCUUCUUAAUUAGAAGGCUGGGCUACCUUCACUAAAGCGCCCAUAUUGACCAUUACAUUUUCCCCUCAUUGAAAACUACAAAUAGGAGUGACAAGUCUAGAGAGUGAACCUGCAGUCAUUGGUGGACUGUUCAUUUUGGGAUCACAAAUGAGACAUGCUCAACACAGGCUUACUGGGAAAAUUUCCCCUGGUAUACAUUUUUGAGAACCAAGAAAUAUUUACUUGCAUGGACAUAUAGCUGCGUUUUAUGUGUAAAACAAAUGCUAUGAGUACCACUGACUGCUUACUUCGGAUGUGCAUAUGGAUAGCUUUUCUGGUGUGUCUUUCC